CUGUACGGCCAGCCGAGGCGUCUUUAUCAUGCUAGGCGCUGCCCUGGACCAGUGCGAGUCCAAGACCAAUCAGCGGCACAUCGACUCUCCGCCAUGGUGCACAGGACCCCCAUCGUGUGGCACGGCUGCCUGCCGCAGCGCUACAUCUUCGUCAUCAUGGGCGGCUUGGCCAUCUUCAACGCGUACAGCAUGCGAGCGGCCAUGAGCGUGGCCAUCACGGAGAUGGCGCAGGCUGCCAACUCCAAGGGGGACAUCGUGUCCGAGGGCGCGUGCCAGGCGCAGAUGGACCAGGACACCGGCAAAAACAACAGCGACGGCGGCGCCUUCCUGGAGAAGGCCGAGUUCGACUGGGACGAGCCGAUGCAGGGCCAGGUGCUGGGCGCGCUGUUCUGGGGCUACGUCGCCAUGAACGUGCCCAGUGGGCUGAUGUCGGACCGCUUCGGCGGCAAGCGGCUGCUGUUCUUCGGCAUCCUCAUCUGCUCCGUGUCCACCAUGCUGAUCCCGCUGGCGGCGCGCCACUGCGGCCCGCAGUGCGUCAUCGCGGCGCGCUUCAUGGAGGGCCUGGGCGAGACCUACUCUGGAGCUCAAAACGCGUCCAGAGUUUCGGCCGCCUGCACCGGCCUUCUAGCCCACUGUGCUGUGGCCGCCUCGUGUGCUAACCAGCCCCCUCCCUUCGGCCUGCCUGCAGGCAACUUGCUGGGCCAGGUGGUGGGCACGGCGCUGUCCGGCAUCAUCAUCUCCGGCACGGGCGACUGGGCCUCCGUCUUCUACGUGUUCGGCGGCAUCGGCCUGGUCUGGUGCGCCGCGUUCUGGCUGCUCUGCUACGACACCCCCGCCAUGCACCCCCGCAUCUCGGCCGCCGAGCGCGAGUACAUCGAGUCCGCCAUCAAGGCCACCAGCACCAAGCGGCCCGCCAGCAUCCCCUGGUUCGCCAUCCUGAGCAGCAUGCCCGUCUGGGCCCUCAUCAUCGGCCAGCUCGGCCACGACUGGGCCCUCUUCACCCUCGGCACCGAACUGCCCAAGUACAUGAAGAGCGUGCUCGGCUACAAGGUCACCGAGAACGGACUCAUCUCCGCGCUGCCCAACCUGGCCACGUGGCUCUGCGCCUUCUUCAGCGGCUGGCUCUCCGACUGGCUCAUUCGAACUGAGAGGAUCUCCAUCGGCGUGCACCGGAAGCUCUUCACCACCUUCGCGUGCUUCAUGCCGGGCGUGGGCAUGCUGGCCGCCGCGUACGUGGGCUGCGACCGCGUCGUGGUGGUGACGCUCUUCUGCAUCGGCAUGGCCAUGAUGGGCCCCUUCUACUGCUCGCUCAAGGUGAACGCCCUGGACAUCGCGCCCAACUACUCGGGCCUCGUCAUGUCCAUCGUCAACGGGCUGGGCGCCGUCUCGGGCAUCGUGUCGCCGGACAUCGUGGGGCUGCUCAUUCCCGACAGGUCGCUGAAGCAGUGGCGCGACGUGUUCUGGGUCACGUUCGGCGUGUGCCUCGCCUCGUCCGUCGUGUACUGCGUCUUCAGCUCGGCCGAGGUGCAGUCCUGGAACACGGUGGGCGAGGGCGGCGAGUUCCUGCAGGAGGUGCAGCCCGCCGCCAGCACGCCGGAGAAGGAGAAGAAGGAGAAGAACCGGACGCGGGAGGAGGCCAAGGUGUGAGGCGGCCAGCUCACGGCGUUUUGUCGUUCUGCUGGAAGGAAAGAGUUCAAGAUCUGGGAGUAGCGGUCGAAAAGCUGCCACGCCCGCGUCACAGACGUGACAAUCGCGUCACAGACGUGACAAUCGCGUCACAGACGUGACAAUCGCGUCACAGACGUGACAAUCGCGUCACAGACGUGACAAUCGCGUCACUGACGUGACAGUCGCGUCACAGACGUGACAAUCGCGUCACUGACGUGGCAAUCGCGUCACAGACGUGACAAUCGCGUCACUGACGUGGCAAUCGCGUCACAGACGUGGCAAUCACGUCACAGACGUGACAAUCGCGUCACUGACGUGGCAAUCGCGUCACAGACGUGACAAUCGCGUCACAGACGUGACAAUCGCGUCACGAGACGCGUCACGAAACGUGUCACGGCGUCUCCGCGUCCCGUCACAAACCAAAUCCGGCGGGACUCCCACCAAGUACAAAUAAUUCGCGGCAAAGAGAUAUGUUCCGCAAUGAGACUGAGCAGAUCGUGUGUAUGUGAAUGUGUGUGUGUGUGUGUGUGUGUGUGUGUGUGUGUGUGUGUGUGUGAGUAUUAGUGUAUCUGACUG